AUGACAAUGAACACACUGCAACUAUCGGCCUUCGUUCUCUUGAUAUUAGCCAUUGAAAUGGAUCACGCAUCGGCACGAUACGUCAGAACGGGAUACGUCAGUGAUCCAGUCGAGCUACUACUUCAAGAUGCCUAUUCGUCAUUGCGGAAUCAAGAAUACAUGCCAAUCAAAAGGCCCUAUAGACAGAUCCAGAAACGCCGUUACUCGUCAUUCCCUCCGUCCUUCUACAGCACAUUCGGCUUCGGAGAUAUGCCGAUGAGUCAACGACAUGUCAUGCUACCGUACACCGAUCUUCUAUUCAGCGGGCGGUGA